GGCGCGCGGAGCGAAGGGCGGCGGCGGCGGCGGCAGCGGCUCGUGCUCGGCCCGUGAUCUGCCGGGGCUCCCGAGAGCGUUCGGCCUCCCCGCUUUCCGCCCGCCGCAGCGCGCCCCCCGUACCCGCGCUCGGCUCCGCGGAGGACGGCCAUGCCGCCGCGGCGCAGCAUCGUGGAGGUGAAGGUGCUGGACGUGCAGAAGCGGCGGGUGCCCAACAAGCAUUAUGUCUAUAUCAUCCGGGUUACCUGGUCCAGCGGCUCCACGGAGGCCAUUUACCGGCGCUACAGCAAGUUCUUCGACCUCCAGAUGCAGAUGUUGGACAAAUUUCCCAUGGAAGGAGGACAGAAGGAUCCCAAACAGCGGAUCAUUCCCUUUCUACCAGGCAAAAUUCUCUUCCGACGGAGCCAUAUCCGGGACGUGGCCGUCAAACGCCUCAUACCGAUUGAUGAGUACUGUAAGGCCCUGAUCCAGCUGCCCCCCUACAUCUCUCAGUGUGAUGAGGUGCUGCAGUUCUUUGAGACAAGACCUGAGGACCUGAAUCCGCCCAAAGAGGAGCAUGUUGGGAAAAAGAAAUCUGGGGGUGACCUGACCUCGGUGGACCCCAUGGUCCUGGAGCAGUAUGUGGUAGUGGCUGACUACCAGAAGCAGGAGAGCUCAGAGAUCAGCCUCAGCGUGGGGCAGGUGGUGGACAUUAUCGAGAAGAACGAGUCAGGUUGGUGGUUUGUCAGCACUGCCGAAGAGCAAGGCUGGGUCCCCGCAACCUGCCUGGAGGGGCAGGACGGUGUGCAGGAUGAGUUUUCCCUACAGCCCGAAGAAGUUUCAUGGAGGUACUGGUCUUUGCCUCGGCCCGUGGGCCGCCGCCGGACUCUGGGGGACUUGUAUGCUACCAGCUGGCGUCAAGAAGAGAAGUACACAGUUAUCUACCCAUACACAGCUCGUGACCAGGAUGAAAUGAAUCUAGAGAGAGGGGCCGUGGUGGAAGUCAUUCAGAAAAACCUGGAAGGCUGGUGGAAGAUCAGGUACCAAGGCAAAGAGGGUUGGGCCCCAGCCUCCUACCUGAAGAAGAACAGUGGGGAGCCCUUACCCCCAAAGCUGGGCCCUGGUUCAUCCACCCACACCGGCGUUCUGGACCUGGAUGGCGUUUCCCGGCAGCAGAGUUCAAUGGGCCGGGACAGGGAGCUGCUCAACAACCAACGGGAUGGCCGGCUUGAAGGCCGCCCAGUGCCUGAUGGCGACAUCAAACAGAGAUCACCUAAGAUGAGGCAGAGACCACCUCCGCGCCGGGAUAUGACCAUACCUCGUGGUCUCAACCUGCCCAAGCCUCCCAUUCCACCCCAAGUGGAGGAAGAGUAUUACACCAUUGCCGAAUUCCAGACGACCAUCCCUGAUGGCAUCAGCUUCCAGGCAGGUCUGAAGGUUGAGGUGAUCGAGAAGAACUUGAGUGGCUGGUGGUACAUUCAGAUUGAAGAUAAGGAAGGAUGGGCCCCGGCAACCUUCAUUGACAAGUAUAAGAAGACCAGCAAUGCCUCAAGACCCAACUUUCUGGCUCCCUUGCCCAAUGAGCUGACCCAGCUCCAUCCAGGGGAUGCAGCAGCCUUGGAGAACAACACGGGCACUGAGGCCAUCGGUCCCUCCCGGCCCUUGCCUGAUGCACCGCACGCCGCUGUGGACUCUGGGAUGCCAUGGUCCAAAGACUGGAAGGGCGGCAAGGAGGCCCUGAGGAAGGCGUCUUCCGACAUGUCCUCAUGCACCGGCUAUGAAGAGAUCUCAAGCCCCGACCUGGAGGAGAAGCCCAGCCUCCCUCCCCGGAAAGAAUCCAUCAUCAAGUCAGAAGGGGAGCUGCAGGAGAGGGAGCGGCAGAGGAUGGAGCAGCUCAGGGGCUCCUCACCCAAACCUCCAGGCAUGAUUUUGCCAAUGAUUCCAGCCAAACACACGCCCCCAGCCCGGGACAGCAGGAGACCAGAGCCCAAACCUGACAAAAGCAAGUUGUUCCAGCUGAAAAAUGAGAUGGGGCUAGAGUGUGGCCACAAGGUCUUGGCCAAGGAGGUGAAGAAGCCCAACCUCCGACCCAUCUCCAAGUCCAAAGCUGACCCACCGGAGGAGAAGCCGGAAGUUAUUCCCCAGAAUCCCUUCUUGAAGUCCAAACCUCAGGUUAGGCCCAAGCCAGCUCCUUCGCCGAGGACAGAGCCACUUCAGGGCGAAGACCAAGUGGAUAUCUGCAACCUGAGGAGCAAGCUGAGGCCCGCCAAGUCCCAAGAGAAGCCCUCACUGGAUGGAGAGAGCAGCCCCCAGGCUGCCGGUGGCCAAGAAGUGGCCUUCAGCCGGAGUUUCCUCCCAGGUGAUGGGCCUGGCCACGCCCAGGACCGGACGGGCAGACAAGAUGGGCUCAGUCCAAAGGAGAUGUCCUGCAGAGCCCCUCCAAGGCCAGCCAAGACCACAGAUCCGGUGCCAAAGAGUGCGCCCACCCCUGUCCAAGAGGCUCCCCCACAGAGACCUGUGGUCCUGCCCCGGAGACCACCACCCCCUAAGAAAACCUCUUCAGCCUCCAGGCCCCUCCCAGAGGUCAGAGGGCCACAACGGGAAGCCAGUGAAGGCAAGGCAGCUCCUGCCCCAGGCCGGGCCCUGCUGGUCCCUCCUAAAGCCAAACCUUUUCUUUCUAACUCCUCAGGCAGCCAAGAUGACAUGCGAGGCAGAGGUGGUCUGGGACCACGGAUGGUGGGCAAGAUCGGAGAAAACAGAGAGAAACUAGCUGCAACCCCUUUUCCCAACGCUGAUGGCCCGAAGGACUCUUUAUAUGUUGCGGUGGCCAACUUUGAAGGAGACGGAGAUACCAGCAGCUUCCAGGAGGGGACGGUGUUUGAGGUCCGGGAAAAGAACAGCAGUGGCUGGUGGUUCUGCCAAGUCCUGAGCGGGGCCCCUUCCUGGGAAGGAUGGAUUCCUUCCAACUAUCUCAAAAAGAAGCCAUAGCCACUUCCUUCCCUGCCUGGCAGUCCCGUGCAUCUCCGCUGGCUUUACCCACGUAUUUAAUUUAUCACCCUUCAUGCAGCUUCAAAGGAAGGAAGGACUCUGGAGCACUGUGGUUUCUUCCUCCCUUGGGUGGAGAGCAGUCCGCCUCACUGCAGCAUGGCCUGGAGGCUCAGAGGCCACACCCCCUGCUUCCUCUCCAAGUCAGCAUCCCUGCCUUAAGGCCAGUGGCAUCGCCACCCUCUGUAGGCCACCUAGCAGCAGGACCGUGACUCUCCAAGGCCUCCAAGACCAGAACCCAUUGUCUGGAAGCUGCAGCAACAGUCUCAUUGCUGGUUCCCCACCCAGUCUGUGAUGGUUGGCUCCAACUUCUCCAUGUUUCUAAAAGUCCAGGGACUUUAUUUACUCCAUUUCCAAAAUGGUGGGUACCAGAAAGAAUUCCUGCCCUGGAAGUUGGCUCCAUUGCCAGUCCCAGAGAGAUGUCCUCCUCUGGACCCUGAGAGGCUCUGGACCUGUGAGCCUCUCAAGUUCACCAGAUGCAGCUCUGCCCCAGGAGUGGGCCUGAAGGUCCACUGAGACAUUCCGCCUCUUAUUUUCUGGGAUCCUGACAGAUCCCAAAGGGGUGCAUCCAGCCCCAGCAUGCUUCACCGUCCUGCACAGGGCUUUUUAAAUAGAAAUCUCCACCCGACCUUGGGCCAUUUCACAUUUGUCUCCAUAGAGCAAGAAUCUCAAAGUUGCUUUGAAAGGAGCGGUUCACAAUCCACGCCCCUUGGGAGCACCCUUUCACUAGGUAGCUAGUAGGUGCCAGACUCUGUCCUUGGUACUUGACAUUACAUCCUCACAUCAAUCCUCUCUUGGGAUAUUGCACCUGUGACGGACAGAGAACCUCGGACUCUGUGCCCAAGGGUACACUAGUUAGGAAGAAGAGGAAAGAGGACUUGAAGCUGGCCUGACUUCCAUGCCCGUGCCCUUCCCCCAGUAGCAGGCUAACCGGGCAGGGAAAGGGAAGAUGCUAAGUGCCAAGAGCAGGUGGCCAAAUGGCUUGCUUGUGGUGUAGGUGAGGGGGCAUUAGUCUCUGCUCCCACACCCACCACCCCUCCGACCCACUGCAGCUCACACCGAAGCCUGCCCUGCACCCUCCACAGCUUCUCCUCCAUGGUGGAUGGGGGGGAGAGGGGGAGUUUGCCCAGAGCUCUGGCGGUUGCCAUAAGACCUUGUUUCCUGCUGCUGUGCAGGUGCCCCCUCUGGAGGAUAAAACUUGUGGAGCUGAGGUGAUCUCCCAUGCCAGCCUCCAGGGGCCCUGAUGCCUCAAAGACUUGCUGCUUCCUGCUCUCUGGCAUUCAUAGAGUACUCUUCUCUGUUUCCUUUUUGUGCAUGCUCUCUCCCUGUCUGUCCUCUUGCUUCCAUUUGGACAGACACGGUUCACUGAGGCACAUAGAGGCACAGCGACAUUGCAGAAUUAGAAUCCGGACCCAGGGUUUCCGGCUCCCAGCCCAUAGUUCUUGCCCAUGGACCAGGCUGCCUGGCGGGAGAGAGGGCAGAACCCUUCCUCAUCCCACCCUGCCCUGCAGAAGAGGACCCAGCUCGGGACCCAGAUCUCCGAUUCAAUGUCCAUCUGCUAUGAUGCUUUGGGGACUGCAGGGCCAGCUUUCCCAUGGACACCCACUGUCCGCCUGCAGUGCCAAAGAUUUCAGUGCACACAGCCCUCUUCUGCUCUUCCUACCCACGGCCACACGGACUCUGGAGGCUUCUACAGGAGAAAGAGCGUUCUCUGAUUCACGGGAGCAUCUUUAUUCCUUCCUUCAGUCGAUCUGUGAACCCCACCCUGAGAACCUGGGGGGCAGGGCCCUGAGGUGCCUCUAGCAGUGCCCACUUGCCCCUUGGCCCUGUGCCCAGAACCGUGGGGGAGGAUGGCAGUUGGGGGAAGAAGGGAGGCUGGGAGAAGGCCACCCACGUCUUCAAGGCCCCCGCAUUUGGAAGGAAGCCCAUAGCAUGUUUUCCAGAGUUUUUUGACCCACUUUGGCUUAAACAGCUUUUAUGAAACUGUUACGCAGAAUUUGACUUCUGCAUCAAAUUCAAAAGACAGAACUCAGCCUUUCCCCCCCCCCCCAAUUCAUUCUCUGCUUUCUGUGACCUUUUCAAGUAUUUUGUGAGCACCUACCACGUGCUCGGCGCCAGGCAGACCGGGACCCUGCCUGGCUCUGCGAGCUGAGGUUUUUGUUUGCUGCUUCCACACAAAGGGUUUGUCUUUGGCCUCAUUCCCUCCUCCUGAAGGUCAGCUGAGUGGGAAUAGACUAGUUCCACCUGACGUGAACUGAAGGUACUGAAGCCACAUUCCUCUCUGUUCACCGUUCUUUGCUCAGGACACAUCCAUGGCCUGAGGACUUCUCUCUCGGGCUCUGUGUGCCACAUGGUGGGCACUUGCACGAGCGACCAGAAGGGGGACGGGUGUCUGGUGGCCAGUGGCUCUCCCUGGCUGUCCUGGCCUGAUGAUUUAGUAUCACAGCACCCAGCCCUGUGGCCGCCAUCUUGUCAGCAACCUGAUGGAGGCGAUACAAAACUCCCCUGAGGUUAUGCCCACAGAGAAUGUCCCAGGCCACAGUGAUAACUCCCAUGCCAAGCUCCAGGCAGGUCCCUGGUGUUUCAGCUCCCUCCUCUAACUUAACCCUGAUGACAACCCUCUGAGCUGCCUAGGAUCAGCCCUGAGCUGUGGCGAGAAAGUUGAGGUUCACAGGGUGAAGUCAUGUGCCCAGUCUCAUCCAAAUCAUGACUCUGCCGAGACUUGAACCCAGGGGUGCCUUCUCUCCAGUGCCUGUGUUUUUUCUUCUGCCAAUGGCAGCAAAAUGUGCAUGGCAUUUCCAGGGAAGCAGGUGACCCCCCUGCCAUGACUGAGGUUUCUCCUCCCUUCACCCCACGAUCCCAGGGCAGUAGGUCACAGGCCAAAUGCCAGUCCAAAAGGUGAGCAUGUGAAAACCACAGCUUAUAGUGCCGAGAAAUCUUUGGAAAAUCUGAGUUUUAGGAUCCACCACUGGGCAAAAUAGACCUUCGCAAAAUGUUUCAUUCAAAGUCUCUGCCCUUUGGUGAGUUUACAUCAUUGUUCCAGGCUGAGAUGGAGGAGCUGGGCUCCGACUUGAACCACUUGUAAUGCCCUACCUCACUGAGGAAUUGCUAGAGCCCUUAGCUGGUUUCCAGUAAUCACUUUAAGCCUCACCACAGGGCCUCCCCAUGUCACCAAUUUCUUAGGCAGAGUUCUUGGCCUUAAAACGUGACUGAGCCCACUGGGGAUCUCAGUACCAGGUGGAGUGUAGGAAAACCGACUUGCCACGUGAAAAGGCAGGGGCCGAAUCUCCCCAAGUUUUGGAAGGUCCUGAGGCUGAGGCAUGGACUGUGUCAAGAACAAAGCACUGAGUGGGAUAAAGAAGUUGCUCCAGCCCUCAACAUCAUCUGGUAAUUCAACAUCAUCAAGAACAGGAACCUUUUUGGCAUGGCUCCCAUCCUUUUAUUGUGCCCAAGCCUGUCAGGAUUGGGUCAGGCUGCUCCCUAGGAGGUCUCGCCCUUCUCUAUGGACUGGCAGUGGCUACAUAACAGCCUGAACCACACAUGGCAAUCUUGUCACUCGCCCUUUGUUGUCCAGGCCCGUCUGUCAGAGUUUUUGCUGCAAACCAGCCAUACCGUACGAUAGACCAAAGAUGACCUAGUGUCAAACUCUGGCCCAGAGGAGUGGGAACUUGGCUUGCAUGGACACCUGAGGGUUUAGGAUGCCCUCCGUCAGCCUGGAGGAAUUGCUCCUAACUUGGCUGAGGUUCUGACAGAUGGACCACAGCCUGUGACAGACCCAGGAUUAAAACCCAGAGGCUCCACAGUCUUCACCUGCUCGGGGACCACCUGCUGAGGACCCUUCCCACAGACUCAAACAUGCAGCUCCUUAGGGUAAUGUCUGGUUUCUGGUGCUACCGUCAUCAUGUGUCGGCAUUCCCUCUUUCCUUCCUAUCUCUGUCGUCUACUCCAAAGUAGGCUUCUCAGCGCCAAUCAGGACAAAUGACUCAACUUCUGUUGUCCUCAAGGAGGCCAAACCCAGUGCCACAGCCAGUAGCCUUCACUUUCAGGCCUUCUGUCAACAUACGGACAGAGGUACCCCCCCACACCACCUCCACCAGGCUUGUUACAGCAAUAAGCAAUUCUGACACAACUAGGUGUCCAUAGAUUUUUUUUCCCCCGUGUGUGCCUGUCUAUGCCUCUGUGCCCCUGUAACUGUUAAUAGUGCCCCUUUCACUUGUACAGGGGAGAUGAUAAACUAUGGUCACCUUAGCCAUCCCUACGUUUCCUGCUUCCAAGCACCAAUAAGUCACUAGGCCACUUUGUGUGUCCCUCCAGGAAUAACAGUGGGGCUCUGACAGGCCUACCUCCUCAUGUCUGCUCAUAGAGUGACACUGGAGAUCCUCCGAAUAUCACAGCCCUCCUCAUACCCUCUUGGCAAACUGGCAAAUCUGGUGGUGAUUGUUGUUUCCUGUUAACACACAAAAAUACAUGAGGAUAUAUAAUGUGAGGGGGGGAGGGGUGGCAAACAAUUAGCUGUAGCAUGUAUAGACUAUAUACCGUUAGACUUUUUCUUUCUUUUUUUUUUUUUUUUUAAAUAAAAAUGCUUGACUGGUUUCAAGCUUCAUUGUGAA